AUGAAGACUAUGAUCCAAUCCCUUCAGCAGUUGCAGAGUGAUAAGAAGUCUGCUGCAACGGUGUUGUUUGGCGGAGACACUUCAGCUGUUUCAGGGGUGUUGUUUGGUGUUUCAGGGGUGUUGUUUGGCGGAAGCACUUCAGCUGUUUCAUGGGUGUUGUUUGGUGUUUCAAGGGUGUUGUUUGGCGGAGCCACUUUAGCUGUUUCAGGGGUGUUGUUUGGUGUUUCAAGGGUGUUGUUUGGCGGAGCCACUUCAGCUGUUUUAGGGGUGUUGUUUAGCGGAGGGGUGUUGUUUGGCGGAGCCACUUCAGCUGUUUCAGGGAUGUUGUUUGGUGUUUCAGGGGUGUUGUUUGGCAGAGACACAUCAGCUGUUUCAUGGGUGUUGUUUGGUGUUUCAGGGGUGUUUUUUGACGGAGGCACUUCAACUGUUUCAGGGGUGUUGUUUGGUGUUUCAGGGAUGUUGUUUGGCGGAGGCACUUCAGCUAUUUCAUUGGUGUUGUUUGUUGUUUCAGGGGUGUUGUUUGGCGGGGGCACUUCAGCUAUUUCAGGGGUGUUGUUUGGCGGAGGCAAUUCAGCUGUUUCAGGGGUGUUGUUUGGCAGAACAACUUCAACUUAUUCAGAGGUGUUGUUUGGUGUUUCAGGGGUGUUGUUUGUCGGAGGCACUUCAGCUGUUUCAUGGGUGUUGUUUGGUGUUUCAGGGGUAUUUUUUGGCGGAGGCACUUCAGCUGUUUUAGGGGUAUUGUUUGGCAUAACCACUUCCUCAAUUUCAGGGGUGUUGUUUGGUGUUUCAGGUGUCUUGUUUGACGGAGGCACUUCAGUUGUUUCAUUGGUGUUGUUUGGUGUUUCAGGAGUGUUGUUUGGAAGAGGGGUGUUGUUUAGUGUUUCAGGGAUGUUUUUUGGCGGAGGCACUUUAGCUGUUUCAGGGGUGUUGUUUGGCGGAAGCACUUCAGCUGUUUCAUGGGCGUUGUUUGGUGUUUCAGGGGUGUUUUUUGGCGGAGGCACUUCAGCUGUUUAA